AAUAGCGGAGCAGAGUUUUCAGAGGCUUUCAAUCACAGGGGGAGAAAGCGAGGAGAGGCUCUGCGGAGAGAUGUAAGAUGGCAGAGCUACAAAUGUUGUUAGAGGAAGAGAUUCCUGCCGGCAAAAGGGCGCUCGUAGAGAGUUACCAGAACCUCACCAGAGUCGCAGACUAUUGCGAGAACAAUUAUGUUCAGGCCCAGGACAAGAGGAAAGCUCUGGAGGAGACCAAAGCCUACACCACCCAGUCCCUGGCCAGCGUGGCCUACCAGAUCAAUGCCUUAGCCAACAAUGUGCUGCAGCUGCUGGACAUCCAGGCCUCGCAGCUGCGGCGCAUGGAGUCUUCAAUCAACCACAUCUCCCAGACUGUGGACAUCCAUAAAGAGAAGGUGGCCAGGCGGGAGAUCGGGAUCUUGACCACAAACAAGAACACGGCAAGGACCCAUAAGAUCAUAGCACCUGCUAAUAUGGAACGGCCGGUCAGGUACAUCAGGAAGCCAAUUGACUACACCGUUCUGGAUGAUGUGGGUCACGGUGUCAAGUGGCUAAAAGCCAAGCAACAUGGCAACAAUCAGUCUGUCCGAGGUGGAACGCUAUCAAGGACCAAUCCACCAACGCAGAAGCCGCCAAGCCCUCCCAUGUCAGGGCGUGGCACUCUUGGGCGCAACACACCCUAUAAAACCCUGGAGCCUGUUAAACCACCCACGGUGCCCAAUGACUAUAUGACCAGCCCUGCCCGGCUGGGCAGUCACCACGGUCAACAACACAGCCCUGGGCGCACUGCAUCCCUCAACCAGAGGCAACGCACUCACAGCGGAAGCAGCGGGGGUAGCAGUAGCAGGGAGAACAGUGGCAGCAGUGGUAUUGGCAUUCCCAUUGCCGUGCCUACUCCCUCCAUACCUAACUCUGGACCAGCAGUGGCCCCCGGGCCUGGUCUGGGCCCCGUUCCCAUGUCCCAGUUCGGAACCAUCUCGCGGCAGAUCUCGCGGCACAACUCCUCCAACUCCUCUGUCUCUAUGGUCUCAGCUACGGGCACCUACCGUCGGGCGCCUUCGGUAACUUCCCAGUUUUCCUUGCAGCAGCAGCAACAGCAGCUACAACAACAACAACAGCAACAGCAGCAGCAGCAGCAGCCUCAUAUUAAUGGAGGCACACCUGGCUACGGCCAGAACUCAAUGUCUAUCGCGCCUCCUCCUCCCCCCAUGCCCCAGCUGACUCCACAGAUACCUCUGACUGGCUUUGUGGCCAGAAUGCAGGAGAGCAUUGCAGAUACCCCUACUCCACCUCCCCCUCCACCUCCGGAUGACAUGCCCAUGUUUGAUGACUCUCCGCCGCCGCCGCCGCCCCCUCCGGUCGACUACGAGGAGGAGGACGCUGCUGUCGUGCACUACAACGACCCCUAUGCUGAUGGAGACCCCAACUGGGCACCCAAGAAUUACGUUGAAAAAGUGGUGGCCAUCUACGACUACGCCAAGGACAAGGACGACGAGUUGAGUUUCAUGGAGGGGGCUAUCAUCUACAUUAUCAAGAAGAACGAUGACGGUUGGUUCGAGGGCGUGUGCAACGGAGUAACCGGCCUGUUCCCUGGUAACUAUGUGGAGUCCAUCAUGCACUAUGCCGACUGAGGGGACCUUACACUACCAGAGUCUAUUUAUUCAGUAAUGUCCUCAGAGAGACUGACCGAAUAACAGCAAAUCCGACUCUCAAGAUGUGUAAACAUACAAUUUUUUUUUUGAUAUGACAGAAUGUUCUUUCCCUUACUGAUUGCAAAUAAAUGGAAAAAAAAAUAUCUAUUUAGUUUUAUUUUGGUGUUAUAUGGGUGGGUGGGAGACAUUUAGAGUAUGUAAAGAGUUAAGUUUCCAAAGGACUGAACUGCCCACUUGCUUAGAGGGCUUAUUGUGUUGGUAUGUUUCCAAAGACCCAGUCAACACAAGCUGAAGGAUAUACAAAAGAACAUUGUUGCCUGCGAUACAAAUCAUGACAGAAAACCCCUCCGAUCCAAUGUCACACAGCCAAUUCAGCGAGUGUUGGGCUUCACAGAUUAAGUAAAAUCCCAAUGACCUACACGUAGGCAUCAUGAAUGUGCUACAAAUGCACCGUCAGUGAAACUGUUAAUACUGUUAAUUGUACAUAAUGUGAACUGCUGCCAACCGGGGUUCUGUACUGUAAAGUCAGUGAAUGCAGAUGAUAUAAUUGUAUCUAAGCGGUGUGCCUACCACACGUGGACAUACCCAGUUAAGGAUUGUUCCACUCUAAUCAGUGUUUAAAUCCAAUUUUUGCUCUUUUCUCUUUACUCAGUAAGGCCCGUCUGUCCUGCAAAUAAGUGCCGAUAGCUUGUCAAUUUAUCUUUUUUUUUUUUUUUUUUGAUGACGGGUUACUCCUGAAAAUCAGUCCCGGGAAUACAGCAUGCAAAAUUCUAAAAGAUAUCUUGUAAUCUUAAAUUUAGUACCAUUAAGCUGUAUGUUGUAAUUGUGUACACCUUUUUUUUAUUUUGUUGGAAUCACUGAAUUGUUAAGACUGAUUUCAUCUGUAGAUUUUCCCUUGGUCUCUCUUUUUUCAAUGCUAAUUUGCAUUCAACCAUUUGAGAUCAAAUCGAAAGGGAGUUUAUGCAUGUAGUUAGUCUUAAAUAAAGCAAACCUCUCAAUUUAGUUCUCAAUUUCAAAGUCUUCAAACACGAGAACACAUUCCAAAUUUGACAAUUAAUACCUUCAUAUAAUUAGCCAUCAUCUGAUCACCUUUUUUACUAAUCCAAACAAAAUCUGUAGCUAUUUAAAAUCUGUAGGUAGCCAUCGGUAACUGUCAGAAACGGACCAUGGUCCUGAUGAGAGUAGGUUAACUCAUGCUGUGUUGAUAGACUGGGACUGUCAUACCCUCACACUGCCAUUUUAUAAUUUAGAUGACUAAGACCAAUUACCUUCAAAUUUCCUGUACCUCUUCAGUACUUGCCAAGCAACAAUGAACAAUACUCUGAUUUUUACAAGCAUCGUCAUCUUUAACCUACGGAGGGUUACAUCUCAUAACUCAGGUCUAGAAAUCAUCCUGAUGCCAAGUUAUUUUCAUUGCUUUUCUGACCAUAUACAGAUCAGGUUUUUUUUGUUUGU